AUGAGGAGAGAGAAUGGAAGCAGUGCGUCAGAGUUUCUCCUUCUGGGACUCCCCAUCCAGCCAGAGCAACAGGGCUUUUUCUUCUUCUUGUUCCUGGCCAUGUACCUGACCACUGUGUUGGGGAACCUGCUCAUCAUCCUGCUUAUCAGUCUGGACCACCGCCUCCACACCCCUAUGUACUUCUUCCUCAGCCACUUGGCAUUUUCUGAUGUUUCCUUAUCAUCUGUCACCGUUCCAAAGAUGCUCAGAAAUAUGCACAUUCAGCGUUUAGCCAUCUCCUAUGAAGGGUGCAUUUCUCAGAUGUAUUUUUUCUUACUUUUUGUAUGUGUUGACAAUUUCCUGCUUGCAGUAAUGGCCUAUGACAGGUACGUAGCCAUUUGCCACCCACUCCACUAUACCAUCAUUAUGAGGGGGGAGCUGUGUGUCAUAUUGGUGGCUUGUUCCUGGUUCUUCUCUGGUGUGCAUGCCCUCCUGCACACCCUCCUUCUGUCUUGUUUGUCUUUCUGUGCUGACCACACCAUCCCUCAUUUCUUCUGUGAUCUCAAUGAGCUCCUGAGGCUGACCUGUUCAGAUACUUCUCUCAAUGAGCUAGUUAUCUUCACUGAGGGGGGCGUGUUAACACUCCUGCCACUGAGUGCCAUUCUGGGAUCUUACGUAUGUAUUGGGGCAACCGUCCUAAAGGUCCCCUCCAUGAAGAAGAUUGGCAAGGUUCUCUCCACUUGUGGUUCCCACCUCUUCUUAGUGUUUCUGUACUAUGGGACUCUUGCCAUCAUUUAUUUCUUUCCUUCCUCAGGCAAUUCCACAGUGAAGGAUGCAGUUGCUUCAGUGAUGUAUGUGGUAGUGACCCCCAUGUUGAACCCUUUUAUUUAUAGUCUGAGGAACAGAGACAUGCAGCUGGCUCUGCAGGUACUAUGUAGAAAAGUGGUGAUAUUUGCGGAGUGA